UUCUCUCUCUCUCUCUCUCUGUCUCUCUCUCUCUCUCUCUCUCUCUCCCCUCUCUCAUACACACAAGUUAUAGCCUCAUCACUCACAGUAAGACUAUAAAGGCUUACUUUGGCUGAGGCCAGAGUAACCAGGGUGAGAGAGACACGCACACAUACACAAAACACAUUCAUAGAAAGAAGAAGGCAGACAGAAGAAGCACUGGAGACCCAGCUGGAGAUACACAAGAAAAGCAGCGGGACAGAGACGGAGAGAUCCUGUAGAAGAACAUUCUGAAUACGGUGGAUGCUGAUCCUGGCCCUUGCUUCUUGUGGACAAGAACACAACUAACCGGGCUCGUCGUCAAUGAGUGUGAUCAAGUCCUCGGCUUUCUGAUUGGAGUGCAGUUUCCAGCAGACGUCGUCCUUCUCCUCCUCAUCCUUGUCCACCACCGCGGCGCCAUACAUGGAGAAGAGCCGAGCCAUGUUUGCUGAGAAUUUUGGCUCGUUCAUGCACCCCCCCCACGACGAUGCACUCGGUCGCACUGGGACCACAGGGAACGUUAAGACCAUGGGAGACACAUAUCAGUUCACAGUGGAUGUCAGCGACUUCUCGCCAGAAGACGUCAUCGUCACCACCUCCAACAACCAGAUUGAAGUGCGGGCUGAGAAGCUGGCGGCAGACGGCACAGUGAUGAACACGUUUGCUCACAAGUGCCAGCUGCCAGAGGAUGUGGACCCCACCUCAGUGACCUCAUCUCUGGGGGGUGAUGGAGCACUAACAGUGAAGGCACGCCGGCACCCAGCCAAGCAUGAGCCUGCCCAGACCUUUCGCACAGAGAUUAAGAUCUGAGACUAAACUUCAGUCUUGCUGCUUCUCUAUUCCUGUCCAUCAGUGCACUGUCCUUCCAUUUGCCCCAUAUUAUUUAUUCCCCCAUCCACCUCAUGUUGUCUCCUCCCAUCUUUUGACUUGCCUCAUGAGCCUAAUCCUUAUACUACUGCCCAGACUAGUGUUUACUAACUGAGAUGAAGAAGAUGCUCCAUGUAGCAGCUUCACCUAGACUAACAAUGUCCAACCACGGUUCUGGAGAACCUCUGGACAGCUGAUCUUAUCUGCUGUCCCUUGCGCUUGGUUUUUGGGCUGUUUGACACUCCAGUUUAUUGUAGUCCUACUGCAGAAAAUUAAUUAUAUGUAGAAGUAUGUCCUGUUUUUGUGGAAUUAUUUCCUGUAUGAUCAAACACGUUUAACCCUCAAGUUGGGUAGCAGUCAAAUUUGACAUGUUUGCAAAUUUAAAGUAACUUAAAAAUGGUUUCUUUUAUCGGACUACCAUAAGGCUUCAUGACAUCCUCCACACUAGGCAUCUGAACAAAAAAAAACAAUGAUAAUUUCUUUAAUUGAAUUUUUCAUUCACAAUUUAUGAUGUGGUGUGUGCAAUUACAUCUGGCCCAUCAUAGGAAAUGAAUCGGUGAGAUAUAACAAAAAGAAAAAAGAACCAAAUGCCAUGGUCAGCAGAUUUACACACACACACAC